GAUUGCGACGAAACCGGUAGCGGUUGGACUAAAGGCAUCUAUCGGUAUUGUGAAUAGAAAAAGAGACGAUGCACAGCUGCGGCGAUGCGUCGCCUUACAUCGUCGCUGUCCAGCUGCAGCCGCUCUGUCUCGCCGUUGUUCACAAAGCCAGGAGCGCUCCUUGGGUCAUCUCUGUUUUACAGAACACCUGGAAAGAUAAAGGUGAACAUCACAGUGCAGGACGGCACGCAGUUUGAUUUCUCCACCCCGACGGGUAUUUCGCUCAUGGAGGCGAUUCGCGAUGUGGCGCAGCUCGACAUGGACGUCUCCUGCCUCAAGAAGAUGCGCUGCUCCAUCUGCCACGCUUACGUGAUGGACGGGUGGUAUGAGAAGCUGCCGCCGCCGUCAGAGGAGGAGCUGGACACGCUGGACAAGGCGCUGGAUCCAAAGGAGACCUCCCGCCUUAGCUGUCAAGUGCAGUUGACGGAGAAGGAGGACGGCAUUGUCGUUGUGCUGCCGAAACACACAGUGGAUUUGACCGCGAAGUAGACGACCGUGUAUCUCCGCUCUCACUGUCCGCGCAACGCGCUUUACAUCACUCUUAGUUUCUCAGCGAAGUGCUGUGGGUAUUUGUUUGCUGCGACCUCGCACAUCUCCGCCGUGGACGACGAAGAAAACAAAGACACACGAAAAUAAUUAUUACUCGGUGUUCUUUUUUUCUUCUAUGCAUGAGAACAAGAGUAUUUUGUUUCUCGAACCAAUACUUCGCCGCUCAUAUAUAUAUAUACUCAAUCGUGACGUUUCACGUAUGUUUCUCCUUUCGCCCUCCUGUAGUGAAGGCUAUUCUCAUA